CGUUCUGAUUCAUUGUUAAAAUAGAAAGGCUGUGACCCCUGGCACCUCAUCCCAGCACCCCCUUGUGUGUGGAAACCCGAGCCGAGGUCUGAUGGUGAAGGAGCCAGGAAUCUUCUCCCUGGUUGCCCCAGGGGAGGAUGUGAAAUUCCCCAGCUCUCCCCCAAGAUUGGCAACUAAGGCCAGAUCCCCUGCGACGCUUUGGAGGAAACUCGACAGGUCCCACCAUCGGAUUGCAGGAGCUGCCCUGGCCUGAUUCAACUGAUAUGGAGGGGGUGGCUGGGAAUGCCCCCUGUGAACACUUUGAAGCUAAUGUGCUUGCCCAGAGAUGCUGUCAAAACUGCUUCCACCCUGAGGAGGCCCACAGAGCAAGGCAUCAGGAGCCCGGGAGCCCUCCAAGUGCUGAGGCGCCCUACUGCGACCUGCCCCGCCGCCCGGCCGCCCCUGAGGACCCGCUCGGUGCCUCGACCUCCAACUGCCAGUCUGUGGUGGGUUCAGGCCUUGGGCCAGGGCCUGAGAGGGGCCCAUCAGCAGGGCUCCCUGCAGAGGGCCUCACAGCCACCCCCAGGAGCCAGGAACCCGAGGCAGCACCCUACCUGGAGGGCCUGGCCUCCUCCCUGUGCGGCAGCUUCAACGAGAGCGCUGACUCUGGCACCAGCUCCAGCCCUGACUGCGAAGCCCCUGAUGAUACCAGCGACUCGUCCUCCGUGGACUGGGACACUGUUGAGAGGCAAGAGGAGGCCCCCAGUGGGGACAAGUUCACCGUGAUGAUCCCACGGAAGCCACAGGAGGGGCCAAGGGCUGACAGUGCCCGAAGGGCUCCUCCUCUCCUCACCCGGUCCCCUGUAGGAGGAGACACUGCAGGCCAGAGAAAGGAGGGCUCUGGUGGUGGGAACCGAAGCGCCGGACAGCACUGGGCGAAGCUCCGGGGAGAAAGCGGGUACUUCUUGGAGCGGCACCGGUCAGUGCUGACCCCGGCCUCUCCCGUGACACCACAGAGCGGUCCUCGAAGUGCCACCCCCCAGGCUUCCUCUCUCCAUCGCUCUGCUUCCACACAACUUGAUACCUCCCGAGCCUCCUCUCCCCCACGAAUUGCCCAACGGGACAACCCCAGAACCUCGUCCACCCAGCAGGACACCCCGAGAGCCUCCUCUCCCCACCGAAUUGCCCAACGGGACAACCCCAGAACCUCGUCCACCCAGCAGGACACCCCCAGGACCUCUUCCACACAGCGGAACACCCCCAGAGCAUCCUCUCCCUCAAGAGUCGCCCAACGGGACAACCCCAGAACCUUGUCCACCCAACAGGACACCCCCAAGACCUCUUCCACACAGCGGAACACCCCCAGAGCAUCCUCUCCCUCAAGAGUUGCCCAACGGGACAACCCUAGAACCUCGUCCACCCAACAGGACACCCCCAAGACCUCUUCCACACAGCGGAACACCCCCAGAGCAUCCUCUCCCUCAAGAGUCGCCCAACGGGACAGCCCCAGAACCUCGUCCACCCAACGAAAUAAUCCUCAAGUUUCCUUUCCCCCCAGAGCCACCCAACAAGACAACUCCAGAGCCUCUUCUACCCAACAGGACAGCCCUCAAGCUCCUGUCCCUGCUUGUACUCCCCAGCGGGACAACCCCAGACCUUCUUGUAUUCAACAGAACACUCCCAGGACCUCUUCUACCCAAAGGGACAACCCCAAAACCUCUUGUGCUCAACGGGACAAUCCCAAAUCCUCUUCCUCACGGCGGGAAAACCCCGGAAGCCCCUCCUCUCAGGGCUGCACCCAGCGGGACAACCCCGGACCUUCCUCUCCCCAUCGUUCCUCUCAGCGGAGCAAUCCCAGGAAUUCCUCUCCCCAUCGUACUAACAAAGACAUUCCAUGGGCCUCCUUUCCCCUCCGGCCAACCCAGGGUGAUGGCCCCCGAACCUCUUCCCCAUCUCGCUCCAAGCAAAGUGAGGUUCCCUGGGCAUCCAUUGCCCUCCGGCCAACCCAAAGCGACAGGCCUCAGACCUCAUCUCCCAUCAGACCAGCUCAGCGUGACUCACCCCAGCCCUCCUCCAACCCCACCCAGCACAACUCACCAUCCCGGGCCACUUCCUCCUCCCACCCCUCAGGCCACCACAGUGCCUCCCGGACCUCCUCGCCUCUGCACCCUGCUACCCGCGGUGCACCCCAGACCUCUCCGGAGCCCUCCCAGCCUCCCUGCGCUGUGUGCAUUGGGCACCGGGAUGCCCCUCGAGCCUCCUCGCCUCCUCGCUAUUUGCAGCAUGACCCCUUUCCCUUCUUCCCAGACCCCCACGCAUCUGAGAGUGAAUCGCCCCACCAUGACCCCCCCUAUAUGCCCCCAGCCGUAUGCAUUGGACACCGGGAUGCCCCUCGGGCUUCCUCACCCCCCCGCCACACCCAAUUUGACCCCUUUCCCUUCCUCCCAGACACGUCAGAUGCUGAGAACCAGUCCCCCCAGCACGAGCCGCCUCAGUUCCCCCCAUCUGUGUGUAUCGGGUACCGCGAUGCACCCCGGGCCUCCUCCCCGCCGCGCCAAGCCCCAGAGCCCUCCCUCUUGUUCCAGGAUCUCCCCAGGGCCAGCACUGAGAGCCUUGUCCCCUCCAAUGACUCUCUGCACGAGCGCCUCCACAUCCCCAGCCCUGUAAUCAUUGGGCACCGCGAUGCACCCUCCUUCUCGUCCCCGCCCCGCCAGGCCCCCGAGCCCUCCCUCUUCUUCCAGGACCCCACUGGGACUAGUAUGGAGAGCCUGGCCCCCUCCACCGACUCUCUGCGUGGCUCCCCAGCGCUGCCCCCUCACGUGUGCAUAGGGCACCGGGAUGCCCCUCGAGCCUCCUCUCCACCCCGCCACCCGCCCAGUGACCUAGCGCUCCUGGCACCCUCACCUCCACCAGGCAGCUCGGGGGGCUCCCGGGGCUCGGCGCCCCCGGGUGAGACCAGGCACAACUUGGAGAGGGAGGAAUACACCGUGCUGGCCGACCUGCCCCCACCCAGGAGGCUGGCGCAGAGGGAGCCAGGGCCCCAGUGCAGCAACGGGGGCCGCACCCGCAGCCCUGGCCGCGCAGAGGUGGAGCGCCUCUUCGGGCAAGAGCGCAGGAAGUCCGAGGCACCGGGGGCCUUCCAGACCCGGGAUGAGGGGCGGUCGCAGCGGCCCAGCCAAGUUCAGAGCCAACCUCUCCGAAGACAGUCCAGCCCUGCCCUCAGCAGGGAGGUAACCAAGCCCCUCGCGAAGCAGGCAGAACCGGCCCGGCGGAGCCGAGCAGAGCCCCCUCAUCCCAGGAGCCCCGAGAGGCGGCCUGAGGGGGAACGGCGGCUCCAGGGGUCCUCGCCGCCCCCGAGGACGUCAGCCAGGACUCCUGAGAGGGAGCAGCGGACAGAGAGACCUCUGGAAAGUGGCCGGGCGGGCCCAAGACAGCCUCUGGGAGGGUGGCAGAGUCAGGAGGGGCCGCCAGGAUCCGGGGACCCACACGGACACCUGGAGAGAGGCUGGGGCAGGCAGGAGGAGGGCCCAGGCCUGGGGGGCUGGCUAGGACUUGGGGGGCCCAGGCGGGGGGCUGCCAGAGCCCCAGAGGAAACAUGGAGGGGCCCUCCCGGGGAGUCUGAGGAGAGCUGGAAGCUGCCCCACAGGGGGCAGGCAGAGGCCUGGGAGGAACCCCCCAGUGGUGGGCCAUGGGAGCCCCCUGACAGGCCAGCUCAGCGGGGCUGGGGCAGCCUGCAGGAGCUGUCCAGUCCUCACCAGCCUAUGAGGCCCCCAGAGGACUCCAGGGCAGGCCCAGGAGAGUUCUUGAAACCCCGGAGACCUGAGACAUCCCCUGCCAUGGGCUGGGGGGCUGAGGGAGCCUGUCCACACCUGCAUGGCCCUGAGAGGCAACCCGUGCUUGACUGGAGGGACCUGGUGGGCCUCCUCGGGGCACCCAGAGAGGGGGCCUGGACCCACUCGGGGGAGCCUCCGCUCGCCUCCGCUCUUCCGAGGCUGGACUGGGAAGGCCUCCUGGAGCUCCUGCAGGCCCAGCUGCCCCGCCGGGACUCGGCUGGACACUGGGGUGGGCCGGGCACAAUUUCCCCAGGCACGAAGGGUACUCUGGAGCUGGAGCCAGAGCAACACACCCAGUCUGAAGGAGGGGCAGGAGCUACUCUGGUCAAUGGAUACAGCCCUGGGCAGUGGCCCCAGAGCUCCGCCCAGCCGCCCAGCCCUGCCAGCAUCUCCACCCAGUGGCCAAAGACCAAAGUGACAAGUGGACCAGAGACCUCAACUAUGGCUGGUCUGGAGGAGACAGGCCAGCUGAGGGGCAGGAGCCCUGCAGAGGGCCCCAGCUCGCUACAAUGGGAGUUCCAAUCAAAGGAGCCUGAGGAGUCAGAAGGAAGCAGAGGCCAAGACUCACUGACUGACCAGAAGCAGGCAGACUCGGCAGACAAGAGGCCAGCGGAGGGCAAGGCUGGGAGCCCACUCAAGGGCCGACUGGUGACCUCAUGGCGGAUGCCCGGGGACCGUCCCACGCUGUUCAAUCCGUUCCUGCUGUCUCUGGGGGUCCUCAGGUGGCAAAGGCCCGAUCUGCUCAACUUCAAGAAGGGAUGGAUGUCAAUCUUGGAUGAGCCUGGAGAGUGGAAGAAGCACUGGUUUGUGCUGACCGAUUCAAGCCUCAAGUACUACAGGGAUUCCACUGCUGAGGAGGCAGAUGAGCUGGACGGGGAGAUUGAUCUGCGCUGCUGCAUGGACGUCACCGAGUAUGCGGUACAGCGCAACUACGGCUUCCAGAUCCACACCAAAGAUGCUGUCUAUACCUUGUCGGCCAUGACCUCGGGCAUCCGGAGGAACUGGAUCGAGGCUCUGAGGAAGACUGUGCGUCCAACCUCAGCCCCAGACGUCACCAAGCUCUCAGACUGCAAUAAGGAGAACACGCUGCACAGCUACGGCACCCCAAAGGGCUCCCUGAAGGCGGGGGAGCAGCGGGCAGGCUCUGAGGUCAUCGGCCGGGGUGGCCCCCGGAAGGCGGACGGGCAGCGGCAGUCACUGGACUACGUGGAGCUCUCCCCGCUGACUCAGGGCUCCCCGCAGCGGGCCCGCACCCCGGCCCGCGCUCUUGACCGCCCAGCCAAGCAGGAGGAGCUGGAGCGGGACCUGGCCCAGCGUUCUGAGGAGCGACGCAAGUGGUUCCAGGCCACGGACAGCAGGGCCACGGAGACACCGGCCGGCGAGGGUCCGCGCCGGGGCCUGGGUGCCCCCCUGACUGAGGACCAGCAGAGCCGGCUCAGUGAGGAGAUCGAGAAGAAGUGGCAGGAGCUGGAGAAGUUGCCCCUGCGGGAGAACAAGCGGGUGCCUCUCACCGCCCUGCUCAACCAAAGCCGCGGGGAGCGCCGGGGGACCCCAAGCGACAGCCAUGAGGCACUGGAGAGGGAGGUCCAGUCCCUUCGUGCCCAGCUGGAGGCCUGGCGUCUCCAAGGGGAGGCUCGGCGUCUCCAAGGGGAGGCUCCUCAGGGUGCACCCAAGUCCCAGGAGGACGGCCACAUUCCCCCAGGCUACAUCUCACAGGAGGCGUGCGAGCGCAGCCUGGCGGAGAUGGAGUCUUCGCACCAGCAGGUGAUGGAGGAGCUGCAGCGGCACCAUGAGCGGGAGCUGCAGCGGCUGCAGCAGGAGAAGGAGUGGCUCCUGGCCGAGGAGACAGCAGCCACAGCCUCAGCCAUCGAAGCCAUGAAGAAGGCCUACCAGGAGGAGCUGAGCCGGGAGCUGAGCAAGACACAGAGUUUCCCACAGGGCCCAGAUGGCCUCCAGAAACAGCACCAGUCAGAUCUGGAGGCACUGAAGCGGGAGCUGCAGGUGCUGUCAGAGCAGUACUCACAGAAGUGCCUGGAGAUUGGGGCCCUGACGCGGCAGGCGGAGGAGCGUGAGCACACGCUGCGGCGCUGCCAGCAGGAGGGCCAGGAGCUGCUGCGCCACAACCAGGAGCUGCACGCCCACCUGUCCGAGGAGAUUGACCGGCUGCGCAGCUUCAUCGCCUCACAGGGCACCGGCAACGGCGGGCGCAGCAGCGAGCGGAGCUCCUGUGAGCUGGAGGUGCUGCUGCGAGUGAAGGAGAAUGAGCUGCAGUACCUGAAGAAGGAGGUGCAGUGCCUCCGGGAUGAGCUCCAGAUGAUGCAGAAGGACAGGCGCUUCACCUCGGGAAAGUACCAGGACGUGUAUGUGGAGCUGAACCACAUCAAGACGCGGUCGGAGCGGGAGAUCGAGCAGCUGAAAGAGCACCUGCGCCUCGCCAUGGCUGCCCUGCAGGAGAAGGAGGCCGUGCGCAACAGCCUGGCCGAGUAGAGGUCCUCGUGGUCCAGCCCUGCUGCAGACCCCCAGCCCAAGGGGACCAAUCGCCCUCCUUCCCUGCUGGAUGGACGUCAGAAGCCAAGCUUUCUCCCCACCCUCUGUGGGCCGCACAUGCACUCACACCCACUAUACACACACACACACGCACACAUGUACACACACAUACACAUACACACACACACUCUGCGUAUCUGAGCGCGCCCCUAGCACUGGGUCUUACCUUGCACCUUCUUCAGGAUUUUAUAUGUGAAGAGAUUUUUAUAUAGAUUUUUUUUCCUUUUUUUUUUCCCCCCCAAACACUUUAUACUUUUUAAAAAGCAAUUCCUGGUGGCGUGUGCCUCUAACACUGGCUCCCCCUGUGUCUCCAGACGCCUGCUUGGGCUUCUGGGCCCACAGCCCGGCCCGGGGUCUAGCGGAGGCCCAGCAGCAGCUAUGGCAGGGUUGACUCUGCUGGGCGAGGCCGGGAGCCAGCCACCCUCUUUCUACCCUACCUCCCACUAACUACUUCCUGCCCUGGGGGGACCUACUCCCUGGGACUCUGGACGGAGGGACAGAUGGACAAAGGGAGCCAGCAGCUGUCCCCAUGGCCCCACCCCCUCCUCCGAGGGGUGCUGGGCAUGGAUCUGCAGGGACCACCCCGUGCAGGCGUUUCUCUCCUGCUCUGUGAGCCUUCUUAACUUAAUAAAAUGUUC